GUUCAAAAUGCGUUUUGCCCUUCUACUCGAACGGACAACACAAUAACGAGCGAUUUAUGAAAUUAACAUCAUAUUUGUAUAUUUCUACUAUACAACGAAGGUCGUUUUGACGAAGAAAAGAAUAUUAAGGAGAUUUCAGCUGGGUAAAGAUGGCAGAGUGUGAUGCGGAAUGGGAAUUAUGUAAAGAAAAUAUCCAGCCUUUGAGACAAGGCCGUACCAUCUCGGCCCUCCAGCAGGCCCUGUGUCAGCAGCAGGAGGGGAACCACACGGCCCUCAACCAGAAGAAACAAGCGUUUGAGUCUGAGCUGCGGAUGUAUGAUGGAGACGACCCUCUCGAUGUUUGGGUCAGGUACAUAAAAUGGACAAAGCAGACGUACCCACAGGGUGGAAAGGAGAGUAAUUUAUCAUUGCUUCUUGAAAGAGCGGUCAUGCUCUUCACAGCUGACAAGAAAUAUCUCAAUGACGUUCGCUACGUUGAACUCUGGAUCGAAUUUACAGAGAGCUGUUCUGACCCGAUGGACGUCUUCCGCUACAUGCAAGCUCAAGGAAUCGGAACCAUGCAAGCCGCUCUUUACAUCGCCUGGUCCGAGGAGCACGAGAAGAGAGGGAAUUUAAAGAUGGCUGACAGAGUUUUUCAGGAUGGUCUCAAGUGUGGAGCAGAACCUGUAGAUAAACUACAUGCGUUUCACAGAGCUUUGCAGGCACGAGUGUGCAGACAGAUGAUGUCAUCCAUGACCAAUCAACAAAGAGAUGAUGAUGACGACGACGACGAUGAAGAGCCUCAGCGAUCAUCACUGGCUGAGCUCAAAGCCAAAGGGAAGAAAAAGGCCGUCGUUCCCAUCAACAGAGUGAACGCAUCUCUCGGAUACGCACGUGGGCUCCAGCUUAAACAGCCGUUGGGCCCCAGACACAACAGUCGCCCUGUGAUAUUCGAUGAGAAUAAAGCUCCUGAAACUGUGCCGCAAGAACCCAAGUUUGAGAUCUGGACGGCGCCACCUACUGCCAGAGCCAAAGAGAAUGAGCAGAAACCUGAGAAGUGGUCCAAUGUGAAGUUGCCCCUGAAGUCCAGAUCGGGACUCAGUGUCGUGGUUCCGGCUCCUAAACCCAGUUUCCAGCCGUUUGUGGAAGAGGACGACCAGCCUCCCGCUGUAACUCCGUGUAAAAUCAACCCUGCGGUGAACUCUGUGCUGUCGGCGAGGAAGCCCUGCAGACUGGAGCAGACGCCGCUGAAGAUGCUGCAGGAACGCCAGCAGCUCAUGCAGACUCAGGAGGACGGGAAGAGCCGAGAGCAGAGCAUGUACUGCAGAGAUCUGGUCUACAGCGGAGCCACAGAGUUCUGCUUCGAGGAGCUGCGGGCCGAGCGAUACCGGCAGAAACGCGCUCACGAACUACAGACCAGCAGCCCUGUGGAUCCCAGCACACACACUGAAAUACAGAACUGUUAGAAAUCAAACUGAAACCUAUAGGUUGUGUUUGAAUAUGCAGCAAGCUUUCUAUCUAGACAGCAGAAACUCGCCGAUGACACCUAAAAAUGCUGCUCACAACAAAUAUUUGUGUAUAAUUGUUCCUGUGGUUUUUUUUUGUACAUACUUUUUAUUUGUAAAUACAGGUUUUGUAAGUUAACGCAACAGUAUUUUUUUUUUUUUUUUUUUUUUUGCAAGUACAGUUCGGUAUCAAGUCCGUACUGAAAUGUAAAACGUGUGCUGAUGCCAGCAUUUCCCUCUUGCAUUUUGAGCGCUGUUGACCGGAUUCUUAAACAUCUCUGAUUGAUUGGCUGUUGUGUUCACGAGCUUGACAUAUGCGUCUCUGAUUGGCUACAAUGACGUUUUUGAUGCUCUUUACCGAGCGCUUACACAGCGGAUCCCUAAUAUAGGCUGUAAGCACUUGAAGAGUGUCAAAGCGUUGAUCAUUGUAGCCAAUCAGAGACAUGUUGAGUGCGUAAACACAAUGGCCAAUCAGAAGGGUUUAAGAAUCUGUUCAAGAGCGCCCAAUCUUAGAGGGAAAUGCAGGUUUUGUCACAUUUUUAAAAUUUCAGAAAACUCAUUUAUUAUAUUGUCAUUGCUUGUAGAUGUGCUGCAUGAUGCUUCAAUAAAUGCAACUGAUUCAGUAACA